CGAGUUCUCCUCCUCUUUCCCUCCCUCUUUGGCUUCAAACCCCCCAAACCUAAUCUCCCAUGGUGUUUGUUAUAAAGCCUGAGCAACAGCCACAAGCUCUUCUCAAUUCAAAACCUCAUCUCAAGUUCCCCUCUCCGAUCCUUUUCCGAGUCCAAAAAAAGGAGUCCGUAUGGGUAAGAAGCUACACUUGACGUCCCUCUUCUAUAGGAUGGCAGGAAGUAGGCCUUCCUCUUCUCCUCCUCCUUCAUGGCCGUGGCCUUCCUGCAAGCACCCGAAGACCCACUCCUUCAGGAAGGAAGGUGAAGUCUACGUCGACUUCAUAUCAGCUCCAGCACCGGAGAGCUUCUCCACGGUGUUGGAGGCUUCAGCCAGCGAUGCGAUCGAGGCGAUGAUUCAUGGACUAAGGUCCGACCGGCUUUUCUUCGAGCCGGCGGGCGCAACCAGCUCGAUAGUGGAGGCCGAGACGCGCAAUGCCGGGAGUACUACUACUCCGUUGGAGGGCAGCAUAGCCAUGGCAGUGGAUUCAAUAGACCCUUAUCUGGACUUUAAGCUGUCCAUGAAGGAGAUGGUGGUGGCUCACGGGGUGAUGGACUGGGAGUGGCUUGAGGAGAUGCUGGUUUGGUACUUGAACCUGAACGGGAAGAGGAUCCAUGGUGUCAUCGUUGGUGCCUUCGUGGAUUUGCUUCUGAGUCUUGCUUCUUCGUCGCCUCCUCCUCCUCAUUCCUCUUCUCCCUCUUCCAUCUUUGAGAUGGAGGAUGAGGAUGUCUCAUGCUAAAUAGAAAACAGU